CCUCUCCAGCUUCAGGCAGGAAGUCAGCCCCUCCCUCUUCCAUCAGUUGUACCAGCAGCCCCUGCAGCAGCCCCAAGACAGGAGGAGGGUCAGGGAGCACAGGCCACAGACAGACCCGCCUCAGGCUCCCCCAGCUGGCCAGCCGCCACCGCCUCUCCAACAGCAAGGAGAACCUGGAAGGUAGUACCAGGGAGGGGGGCAGCGACUCCGACACCGAGCCCAGGGAGGGAAGAUCGCAGGCGGACACGGAGGGUGGGCUCGUGGGAGUGAGGAGCGAGCCGGAGAUGUCCACCACAGACGCGUUUAGCAGCCUCAGUGACGUCAUCGUGAUGAACGGGGACAGCGGUGGGCUACAAUGCACGGAGGCCAGUACGGCGCCCAGCACGAACCUGGAGACACCCACCACCACCCUUCUGCACCAAAGAGACAACAGCCUGGAGAACAUCUACAACUUAUAUGCAAUUUCAUGCCAUUCAGGUAUCAUGGGAGGAGGACAUUAUGUGACCUAUGCCAAAAACCCCAACAACAAAUGGUACUGUUACAACGACAGCAGCUGUAAGGAAGUGCACUCAGAGGAGAUGGACACGGACUCUGCCUACAUACUGUUCUAUGAGCAGAAGGGAGUGGACUACUCUCAGUUCCUGCCAAAGACUGACGGCAAGAAGAUGGCCGACACCACUAGCAUGGACGAGGACUUUGAGUCUGACUACAAGAAGUACUGUGUCCUGCAGUGAUCAGGAUAACACCCUCGACCCACCCACCUACCCCUCUGAACCGACCCACCUACCCCUCAACACUCUGCCUGGACUCUGAACCGACCCACCUACCCCUCAACACUCUGCCUGGACUCUGAACCGACCCACCUACCCCUCUGAACCUACCCCUCAACACUCUGCCUGUGACUCUGAACCGACCCACCUACCCCUCAACACUCAGCCUGUGACUCUGAACCGACCCACCUACCCCUCAACACUCUGCCUGUGACUCUGAACCGACCCACCUACCCCUCAACACUCUGCCUGUGACUCUGAACCCACCCACCUACCCCUCAACACUCUGUCUGUGACUCUGAACCGACCCACCUACCCCUCUGAACCGACCCACCUACCCCUCAACACUCUGCCUGUGACUCUGAACCGACCCACCUACCCCUCAACACUCUGUCUGUGACUCUGAACCGACCCACCUACCCCUCAACACUCUGCCUGGACUCUGAACCGACCCACCUACCCCUCAACACUCUGCCUGUGACUCUGAACCGACCCACCUACCCCUCAACACUCUGCCUGGACUCUGAACCGACCCACCUACCCCUCAACACUCUGCCUGUGACUCUGAACCGACCCACCUACCCCUCAACACUCUGCCUGUGACUCUGAACCGACCCACCUACCCCUCAACACUCUGCCUGGACUCUGAACCGACCCACCUACCCCUCUGAACCGACCCACCUACCCCUCAACACUCUGCCUGUGACUCUGAACCGACCCACCUACCCCUCAACACUCUGCCUGUGACUCUGAACCGACCCACCUACCCCUCAACACUCUGCCUGGACUCUGAACCGACCCACCUACCCCUCAACACUCUGCCUGUGACUCUGAACCGACCCACCUACCCCUCAACACUCUGCCUGUGACUCUGA